AUGAGGAACCCCACUGCCCAGGCACGUGAUAGCCCAGGACACGGCUGGUGUCUGGAAGCUACCAUGGUCCUCGUAGCUCCUGUGAGACUCCAUUCCACUUUCCAGGGGCACCUGGGCAGCUGUCACAUUGGGAGGACAGAAAACAUUGGAACAACUUUCCACACUCUCUCCCUUCCCUCUCCCCUUAUUGCGUGCCCUGGCUUUGGUCUGGGCAAAAUGGGCCUAAGAAGAUAUUCCCUAAAGGACACUGGACAUUCUCCAGGACUCACAUGGCCAGUGACUGUCGGAUUCACCUCGCACCACUGUAUUUGUUGA